AUUAUAUUCAUUCCAUUAAGAAAAGGUCUAGUAUACAAAUUAAGGAAAUUAAAUUAAGUUAUAAUCAUGAAGGCUGUUGCAGUAGUACUAGCUCUAGUUGUGCUAGCCGCGGUUCAGCUAGCAAUGGCUGCGCGGCUAGAUGAACAGUGGGGAAUCACUUGUGGUCAAGUUGACGCUAAUGUAGCACCCUGUGUCUCGUACCUGACACAGGGUGGUGAGCCCGGUGCAGCUUGCUGCAGCGGGGUAAAAACCUUGAGUGGUUUGGCUAAGUCUACUGAUGAAAGGAGGACAGCUUGCAACUGUCUUAAGGCUGCAGCAAAUCGAUACCCCAACCUUAAAGAUGAUGCUGCACAGGCUCUCCCUAGCAAGUGCGGUGUAGCCCUCAACGUCCCUAUCUCCAGGACCAUCAAUUGUGACACAGUUAGUUAAAAUCAGCUGCAUGUGUGGUUCAAGGAAUAAUGCCAGUGGAGAUUCGCAAUAGUGUUAGUUUACUAUAAUAUAUAAAUAUGUGUAUUAAAUAAACCAAGGGUUGUUAAACCCUUGAACUAUGUAUAUAUACUCAAUUACUAUGCAGUAAUUUGAGUAUUUUGCUUUUUUAUAUAUUUUGUGCUUGUUUAAUUAUGCGCCUUUUUCAUCAAUGAAGAGUAGUUACACUAUUUAAACAAA